GCUCUCCACAGCGAAGGCGGGGUGGGCUGUGGUGAUUUUUUUUUUAGAUAUAUAUAUAUAUAUAUUUUUAUUUUUUUUUCUCCCUUCGGAAGGCUUGAGGCUGAGCAGAGGGACUGCUCCCGAGCCUGCCCCGCCGCGCUCAGCCUCCCGCCCGCGGCCCGAAGCCGGGGUCCCGCCGCCGCGGGCACCGGAGCGCCGGAGGCGGCCCAUGGCUGCGCCGCCGGGCGCCGCGCCCCGCUGAGCUCCGCGGGCACCGCCGGCCAUCGCGCCUCUUCUGCCGCCGGCUCGGCGAGGAAACACAGCGGCCACCAUGGUCCGGUGCUGGUGGCUCGUCGGGCUGCUCGUAGUCUGCGCGGCCGCGGAGCCGCCGCUGCGCUGGGAGCCGCGGUGCCGCCAGCAGCUGCGCCACCUGCAGGACGGCGGGAGGAUCGCGGCGCGGCUGCCGCCCCGUCUGGAGGGUCGCUGGGUGUCCACUGGGUGUGAGGUGCGGCCGGGACCCGAGUUCCUCACCCGAUCCUACCUCUUCUACGCCAACCGCCUCUUCAAGGCUUACCAGUUCUACUACUGGGACCCCUCCUGCCACGACCCCUCCUACUCGCUGGUCAUCAAGGGCAAGCUCCGGCUGCGCCAGGCCUCCUGGAUCACCCGCGGGGCCACCGAGGCUGACUACCACCUCCACAAAGUCGGCAUUGUGUUCCACAGCCAGAAAGCCAUGCGGGAGGUGGCCGCCUGGAUCAACCAGACCUCGGGCGAGGGCUGCAGGGGGUUCCUGCCCCCGGGGCGCACCUGGGCUCCCGGAGCCCUCUACGAACUGCUGAGCGCCAAGACCGAGCGUGACUGCACGGCCGCCCUGGGCUUCGCCAUGCACGAGCUGAGCCUGGUGCGGGUGGAGCAGCGGCACGAGCCGCUGCCGCGGGCGCAGCAGGGCGGGAGCCGGCUGGUGGAGGAGCUGUACCUGGGGGACAUUCACACGGACUGGCUGGAGAGGCUCCAUUACCGACCGACGGGCUACCAGCGGCCCAUGCAGAGCGCCGUGCAUCAUGUGCAUCCUUGCCCGGCCUGUGGGAUUAUAUACAGAGCUGAUGAGCACCACCCGCCCAUCCUACCCGCCCGAGCUCAGCUGCCGAUGCAGCUCAGUGGCAGCUGGGUGAGCACUCACUGCGAGGUCCGACCCGCCGUGCUCUUCCUCACCAGGUACUUCAUCUUCCACGGUAACAACCACACCUGGGAAGGUUAUUACUAUCACUACUCCGACCCGCUCUGCAAGCAGCCAACGUUCACCAUCUAUGCGUCCGGGCAUUACACCCAAGGCAUCCCCUCCUCCAAGGUGCGAGGCGGGACGGAGCUGGCUUUUAAAGUCACGCAGGCUCGGGUGACGCCAAUGGACCAGGUGACGGUGAUGAUGCUGAACUCCUCGGAACCUGGAAGCUGUGGGCUGACAAGCUCCUGGAGCGCUGGCGUGGAGCAGGAUAUCACACCCACAAACGGAUGUUUGGCUUUGGGGAUCAAGCUGCCCCACAUGGAGUACGAACUUUUCAAAACGGAGCAAGACACGCAAGACCGCAGCCUCCUGUACGUUGGCGAACGGCCCACGGACGGAUCCAGUCCCGACAGCCCAGACAAGCGACCCACGUCGUAUCAGGCACCUCUGGUUCAGUGCGCCGGAGCUUCAGAGGAAUUCUCUAACUAUGUCAGUCUAAAAUACUUGGGAAAAAAGGUUGCUAAUGGGAACAAAGCACUAAAACCUUUGCCUGUGGCCUUUUUGUUGUUUAUAGCACUUCUGUUUUUAAGAUGGGACUAGUUAUCUAUUCAGGUACAGCACAGAAUUCAGACAGUCCUGGUGCUAGCGUGACUUUUAUAUCCUUCUUUAUAUUCCAUCUGGAAUCAGUUUUACUCAGGCUUGGAAACACAAUUUAAGAACACCCAACAACAGUGAAUGGAGCCAAGAAGAUAUGCCUGGUUACGUACUGUUUGUCCUGUGGCCUUAUUGCCUCAUCUCCCCUCUUCUUUGCGUAUAAAUUUAAUGUAGUGACAUUGAUGCGCUGCACGUUGCAAUAGAUAAUUCGGCAAUAGAAAGGGGGGGAAAAGCGACAUCAAUUGCAAUUGCUGCUUUGAGCUUUUGACAUUGCUAAAAUUUAAUCAAGAGCUUGAUUCAGAUAUAAUUCAAACAUCCAAAGUGUCGGCUGCUGAGUUUCUUUAAGUUCCCUCCCAUCAUACUCCUUACUGCUGCUCUUGCAAAUUUAAUCUGCAGAGGCAGUCAGCAAUAAGCAGUCAGCAAUAAGCAGUCAGCAAUAAGCAGUCAGCAAUAAGCAGUCAGCAAGUGCUCUUGAUGAGGGCGCGGUUAAUCACGCCUUUCUCAGUUUACAGACAUUUCCAGCAGCUUUCUUGUGUAUGCACACAUGUGAAGAUGCAGCAUCCCAUCUCCGCUUACGUAUGCACAAAAGCAGCCCUGACAGAGCUUUACUUCCACAGACUGUUAUGCCUGAUCCUUGUAAUCAAAGAAGAUACAGCAAAUGGAAAAGGCUUCUGCGCACAGCGGCUGCGGCCCGCAGGAUUACCUGCCUGCAGACGCUGCAUCCUUGCUGCAUCAUUCUGGCUUUCCCAGUGCAUCGCCUGCGCUUUGGUGCAUCAGCAACGGCCCCGCGUCCGGCAGGCGAAGGCACUGCCAGGCAACCGACCCCUGCCCCCAGCCAGGGAAGAGAGCUGCCAGGGCUCCUCGGGCCGUACGUAUUAACCGUCUCCUCUUCAGUAGCAGCCGUUGUUCAUCCAGCUCUGCUUUCAAUCAAGAUGUCACUUCCAGCCUCAUUCCCGUAAAGAUGUUUUAUAAAUCUGCCCCUGGUGAACAGUGGGCUGAGGAGAUACUCCAGUCAGGUCAGGCUGAUUUCUACUGACGAGAAGGACAAACUAAGAAAUGCCAUUCCCUGUCUGCUGCAGCUAAGAAGCAUGUAACUUACUUGGAGAAGACGUCCUCCCAGUAGCUAAAUCCUCUCCAAAUAAGCCUAUAUAUCUUACUCACAAAGGAUAUUUUGUUAAACCAGCUAUGCAAUAGCUACCCUCUUAAGGCUGCAUUUACGAACUUGCAGCUUGUAUUUAGAUAAAUUAUGGGUUUUAUAACAUAAAAAUACUUCUGGGGGAUCUGUACAUUAACUAGUAAUUCAAAUGAGAUGCUUAUUAAAUGCAUACAAUUGUGACAUAAGUGUUGUCAUCAUGGUUGCGUCUUCCAGGAAUGAUCAAAUAUUAAUCGUGCACAUAAACAGCUUCACUUCUAAGAUGGAAAAGGCCACGCUUGGCUGCCUUGCCUGCGGUUCCCUCCACAGCGGAGAAGGAUUUCUCUGGGGUCAGUUCUGCAGGCAAAACACCUCCCUGUGUGUACGGGUUGUUCUGUUGCUCGCGUGGAGAUCCAAGGGCAAACGUUUGAAGAACUGGAAGUGCAUCUUGGAGAGCGUGGCAUCUCCUCUGGGAUGUCCCGGUGCAGAUGCUGUGAAUCAGGGCAGGUCUGGGCUGGCACAGCCGCAUCGCAAGCAAACCCUACACGUAGUGGACCUUGGUUUUCAGUGAACCCGUCUCCCGUCACUCACCGUGGCCGCGGGGCGACACAUCAGCAAAGCUACACAGGACCCAGAGAUGUCCAUGGCGAGAACGGCAAACAGCCUUGUGUUGUCUGCAGAGGGGGGUGGAGGUGGGGGAAGGCAAUUCCUGCCCUACAUUUAACCCCAAGAGUGAGAUUUGUAUGUAGAUAACUUCUUUUUUCUUUUACAUAAUACGGAAAUGGAUUAAACUCAAGAAAUACUCAGAUAUCGCACAGGGUAAAGACUUCCCGAAGACCACAGAUACCUUUGAGAUGGUGAUGGGAUUAACACGAUGUAAGAAGUUACAGGACAACAUGAUGUACUUACGCACCGAACACGCGGGGAAGCUCCAGCGCCUCCCAUCACAGGUCACCCCGCGCUGGGCCGGACACGGCUCAAGCGCCGCGAUGCACGGGCCGCGCUCACCAGCCCGCGACACCCUCCCCUGUCCUCGCUGCCCCUUUCAGUACACUCUGAAAGAAAAAAAGCCAUGGAGAAGCUAUUUGCGUAAAUAUCAUAACUUUUAUUGUUCACAGUUUUGGGAGAAACAUUCCUAAAUUACACAGUUAUUCUCUCUUAAGAACUGGUGCCUUUUUCCAGUCUGGGUUUGCCUGGCUCUGAUUGCCAGUCAGUGAUUCUCGUGUUGCUCUUUUUAAGGUCAGAGCUGCAGUGUGCAGGAUUGUCUCCCCGUGAAGGUCCUUGUGCACGGUAAUCCAGACAUUCUCAAUUUUGGUAGAUAAACUCAGCCCACUGAGCUUUCUCUGUCUCCCUCUCGAAGGCAUUUGCACACUCCACCAGUAAUUUUGGAAUUUUUUUUGCACCCAUUCCAAUUACUCAGCUUCUCUUUUAAAAUGUAAAUAUCCAAAUGGCAUCCAAAAUUCCCAACUCUCACAGCUGAGACAUACAGAAGUAUAAUCACUUACUGCUAACGGUAAUUAAAAACAAGAACACAUUCUUAUUCAUUAGUCUUUCACCCUGGGACUGCACUGGGAGCUCUUAUUCACUCUGGUCCCAAGUAUGGAUAUUUUUGUCACGUUAACAUUUCAUUGGUGGUGAUUUUACAUCUGUUUUCACCAGUCAUGUGUAACCACUGAAUCGUUUCCCAUCCCAGCAGAACCACCUACGAGCAUCUCCGCUGCACUGUGGUUCUUUUCAAACGACCUUCUACAAGGUGUGAUUGUCAGAAAACACGGAGCUUUGCAGGGCCCGGAUAAUACUCAGUUCACUCUAAUCCCAAAGAAAAUACAAAGGUAGAAUGAAAUGAUGUAACGAAAUGACUUGCAUCGUGCUCCUUCAUUAACACUCAUCUCCUUUUCCAUCCCUUUCCUGGGGUGUCCAGCCAGCUCUGCGCUUCACCCGGCCCGUUCCAUCCUCAUCGGCCCCGGGCGCCCGCCUUAGAAAUACUGGUAGAAGCUUUCUAGACCUACUGGAUUUGACAAUGUUAACUUUUAAUAUCAAGCACUGCUGAACAAUGACAUUGCUCCUCCGGUUCCCCUCAUCAUCACGAGCCGUUUUACCAACUGUGUCUACAAACGGUCCUUGUCCCACUGCAAUGAUGCCCUUGGAACUUCAGCUCCUUAUCGCCCUCUCCGAGCGCUCCAACCCACACAUUUCUCUUUUCCUUUGGCUAUUGCUUUGCUUAUUCAUUUUCUACACUUCAUAACUCUCAUUUUGAGUUGACUGCUGUCUGCUUCCCCUUCUCCUAUUUGUUUUAUAUUACUUUACAUCUGAUUUUUCCCUUCAUUUCAUCACUGAAACAGGAUGGGCGGUCAGCCAAAGUCGUCGCCCUUCUUGAUUGCAAAAUUGUUGGGUUUUUGGCCGCUUAAUAGCUUUCACUUAGAAAACUGCCAAUUCUAAUUCAGAUUUCCAUCUAAUUUCUUCUUCACCACCGGAUUCAAUGUGAAAUUUGCUCGGCCCUGCCCUUGUGAAGCACCAGUUCCAUUUAUUACCAUUUGCGUGGUGUAUGUCUCGCUCGAAUGGAAUCGGGAUUCCACAGCAACCACCAGCCUCUACUUCUGCAAUUCAUUUAUCUUUAUCUGACAUAAGCAAGACAAAACCAAAUAACUUCAUGUUUCAUGUCUAACACUGCAUUAGAAGAACAGGUCUAGGACACAGACAACAAACAUUAAUCCUGACUACUGGAUUCCUUUCAACUGUAAAAUAAAUCUAUACCUUUUUAUUGUACCCGUGAAGAGAAACCAAGCUAAGAGAUGCGCGGGCAGGUUAGUACCAGCUAAAGUCAAUGGUAACAGGCACUUCUUGGAAAACUCUUCCCCAUUCACUUCUUUUAUAAUACUUCUCAAGAGUUUCAUCACUCCAAAAAGCAGAGAAAAAAGAAAAAACUCAUUUUCAAACACUGCAGAUGUAUUUAGUGGCUUCUUGCACUGACUCUGGGCAUGAAAGUCUUUUGUACCUUUUUUAAGGUGCUAAGCUGCUCAGACAAGUUGCCUUUGCAAUUUUCUGCUUCUCUAGCAGGUAUGAAAAUGUAAAAGCUCUUUGCCAGACACUGGGUCUGAUCAAUUCACAGCUCAAUUAACAGUAACUUAUUUUUCCCAUUCAUGCCCCGCUGAUUAAAACACCUUAGAAUGUAUUUUGCAUUCUAGAUUUCCCAAACAAUUCUUAAACUGAAACACACACAAAAGCUCUAAACCACUUUUGGAUAUAUUAACAACACUGAGCUGGUGCUUCAUUUGAUAAACAAUCCCCGCUGAAUAUAGAAACACGCUAUUUACCAUAACAAUGCUAUAUUGAAACAGCAGAAAAAAGCUGGAGAUGGUUGACAAGACUGAUUGCUCCAAACUCUGCAGAGCGGAGAGGAAGAAGGAACAGAUUUGAUGAAGGAGGAGGGAGAAAUGCGAGCGAUGCCCGGGGAAUGGAGCUGGACACGGCACCCAACGCAGCCCGGGGUCACAACAGCGAGACUGGGACGUGGGAAGAAAGAGCCCGAGACGGAAGAUAAAUAGGCAGCAGAGCAGAAAAGCCACUUGAAGAUACUGGCUGAAUGGUGGUUUCUUUGCCAAGGAGCAGCCAAGGAACAAGGACGACUUGGAUUGAACCGAAGGGCUGAGGGAGGGAAGGGAGUGCGAUUUGACAGCUCAGGCGGAGUAGAUCAAGAAAUAAACUGGGCUGGAGAGUCCGCAGGCUUCACAGGAACGCUCUUUUGGGCUCAGGAAAGAUUCUGGCUCCAGUCACACUUGCGUGUGGCCUGAUGGUGAAACGUGAAAACAAACCCGCGGCUCCAGCUCAGAGUGUCCGGCACUCGCUGCGAGGGUCACUCGUUAUAACCUCAGCACACAGCUCCUGAGAUCAUGCAAGGUCAGGCACACAAAGUCGGGCAGUUUCAGGCUCCUGGGCAGCUGAAACUUUCUGCCCUGGUACCCAUCGGAUGCUGAACACACAAAAAGUGCCCAAACUACCCGCGCCAGCUCCUUUUUGCCAUUUCCUAACUCCUGACUUUGUGCAGCCUUAAUAAAGGUCUUUUAAAAGCAGUUGUGUGUGGAUAAUUGUGUGUGGGAAUUUUGCCAACUCAAACACGAGGGAGUUCAAGAGGCUUUUCUAAUCUUGUGAGUUUAUCCACUGAAGAAAAAGAUUUGAUUAAAAAAAUGAAGUACGGCUAAACUGGGAACAAUAUUUUACUCGGGGCUGUUCUUCGGUUCUUCACAGGCACUUUGAAAUCUUGACCAAAAAAAAUCACAAAAUUGGGAACUUAUUGAAUAGAAGUGAAAUGUACUGAUGCAGAAACAUAAACAGAAAUGCCAGAUGUAUAAUGUCAACUUGUAAUAUGCGGCUUCAAUUAAUUCUUCUUAAUUCAUUUGUUUUCUUAACUUCUUUUGUUUUGCCAUCUGGAAAAGGCCAUUUUCUAGUGACAGAUCAGAGGAGGAAAGACCCGAAGUUCACGUUUGCUUCAAGAACAGCAGCCUCGUUCCUCUGCUCGGGUCCAGCCCUUUUGGAGUUUUCCCUCACGCACAAAGUUCAGGACGAACUUAGGCCUGGACUGGGAGGCAAAAACAUCUAUAUGGAGGUUUAGUAAAGUUUUCAAUUUACUCUCAGAAGUACAAAUGUGAAGCAGUUCUGUGAAAGGAAAUGGACCCACAGGAAACAGCGGGGCAAAUGACAGAUCUAUCGUCAUUUCGGAAGGGCGCAAGUGCAUGCUUAUUAGAAUAUUACAUGUAAGAGAUUUCUGGCUGGGUCUUGUGUUAUUUUAAAAAGCAAUCUACAUUUAUCCAGUGGAAAAAAGAAGUCAAGCCAUUAAUUAAACAAAUUUUAUAGUUAAGCA